CUUAUGCACGUAAGAUCAGGUAUUACCAACACGAUGAAGUUCCUCCUUCUUCCUUUAUAUACCGAACAAAGAUCCCCUGUCCAUCAAUUCACAGACUUCAGACUUCUACAUCUGCAAGAGAGACUUUAGAAGAGGAAAGAAACCUAUCCAGCUGAGCCGGACUACCUUAACCCCACUUUUACUCUGAAUUGAUUUGUACGUGUGAAAAAGGAAACUGACAUGGCCCAAAGAAUGCUGUUCUCCCUGCUUUUGGCACUGACAAUUCUGUCUGGAGCCUCUAGCCAGAGCACAACAGUAGCCGCAACCACAACAGCCCCCGCAACCACCGCAGCCCCCGCAACAACCACAGCAGCCGCUACCACGACAGCGGCCGCAACCACGACAGCGGGCGCAACAACGACAGCGGGCGCAACAACGACAGCCGCCGCAACCACGACAGCCGCCGCAACCACGACAGCCGCCGCAACCACGACAGCGGCCGCAACCACGACAGCGGCCGCAACCACGACAGCCGCCGCAACCACGACAGCCGCCCCAACAACGACAGCCGCCGCAACCACGACAGCGGCCGCAACCACGACAGCCGCCGCAACCACGACAGCCGCCGCAACGACGACAGCGGCCGCUACGACGACAGCCGCCGCAACCACGACAGCCGCCGCAACCACGACAGCCGCCGCUACGACGACAGCCGCCGCAACCACGACAGCCGCCGCAACCACGACAGCGGCCGCAACGACGACAGCGGCCGCUACGACGACAGCCGCCGCAACCACGACAGCCGCCGCAACCACGACAGCCGCCGCAACGACGACAGCCGCCGCUACGACGACAGCGGCCGCAACCACGACAGCGGCCGCAACCACGACAGCGGCCGCAACCACGACAGCCGCCCCAACCCGCCGCAACCACGACAGCCGCCGCAACCACGACAGCCGUCCCAACCACAACAGCGGCCGCAACAACAACAGCGGCCGCAACCACGACAGCGGCCGCAACCACGACAGCCGCCGCAACGACGACAGCGGCCGCUACGACGACAGCCGCCGCAACCACAACAGCCGCCGCAACCACAACAGCCACCGCAACCACGACAGCGGCCGCUACGACGACAGCCGCCGCAACCACGACAGCAGCCGCAACCACAACAGCCGCCCCAACCACAACAGCGGCCGCAACAACAGCCGCCGCAACCACGACAGCGACCGCUACGACGACAGCCGCCGCAACGACGACAGCCGCCCCAACCACGACAGCCGCCGCAACCACGACAGCCGCCGCAACCACGACAGCCGCCGCAACGACGACAGCGGCCGCUACGACGACAGCCGCCGCAACCACAACAGCCGCCGCAACCACGACAGCGGCCGCAACCACGACAGCCGCCGCAACCACGACAGCGGCCGCUACAACGACAGCCGCCGCAACCACGACAGCCGCCGCAACAACAACAGCGGCCGCAACCACGACAGCGGCCGCAACCACGACAGCCGUCGCAACCACGACAGCCGCCGCAACCACAACAGCCGCCGGAACAACAACAGCCGCCGCCACCACGACAGCGGCCGCAACCACCCGCCCGGCCGCAACAACAACAGCCGCCGCAACCACGACAGCCGCCGCAACCACGACAGCCGCCGCAACGACGACAGCCGCCGCUACGACGACAGCCGCCGCUACGACGACAGCCACCGCAACCACGACAGCCGCCGCAACCACGACAGCCGCCGCAACCACAACAGCCGCCGCAACCACGACAGCAGCCGCAACAACGACAGCCGCCGCAACAACGACAGCCGCCGCAACCACGACAGUGGCCGAAACCACGACAGCGGCCGCAACAACAACAGCCGCCGCAACCACAACAGCCGCCGUAACCACAUCAGCAGCCGCCACAACGGCAGCCGCAACCACAACAGCCAGCGCAACAACAACAGCAGCCGCAACCACAGCAGCAGCAACGACGACAGCGGCCGCUACGACGACAGCCGCCGCAACGACGACAGCCGCCGCAACUACGACAGCCGCCCACAAUGGCCGCUGCAACAACAACAGCCGCCGCAACCACAACGGCCGCCGCAACCACAACAGCCACCGCAACCACAGCAGCCGCAACCACAACAGCCGGCGCAACAACAACAGCAGCCGCAACCACAGCAGCAGCAACAACCACAGCAGGAGCAACCACAACAGCUGCCGCAACCACAACAGCCGCCGCAACCACAACAGCCGCCGCAACCACAACAGCCGCCUCAACCACAACAGCCGCAAGCACAAUGGCCGCUGCAACAACAACAGCCGCCGCAACCACAACGGCCGCCGCAACCACAACGGCCGCCGCAACCACAACAGCCGCCGCAACCACAGCAGCCGCAACCACAACAGCCGCCGCAACCACAACAGCCGCCGCAACCACAACAGCCGCCGCAACCACUGCAGCCGCAACCACAACAGCAGGAGCAACCACAACAGCAGCCGCAACCACAACAGCAGCCGCAACCACAGCCGCCGCAACCACAACAGUCGCCGCAACCACAACAGCCGCCGCAACCACAACAGCCCCCGCAACAACCACAGCCCCCGCAACCACAACGGCCGCCACAACCACAGCAGCCGCAACCACAACAGCAGCCGCAACCACGGCAGCCGCAACAACCACAGCCCCCGCAACCACAACAGCAGCUGCAACCACAGCAGCCGCAACCACAACAGCAGGCGCAACAACAACAGCCGCCGCAGCCACAACGAUUCCACCAGUACUGAUACCCAACAGUAUCGUAGGAGGUCUACCGAGCCCCAUCUCCAACCAAGGCUGCAGCAGUUCCCAGCUCUGUGCCUCACAGCCACAGAGCUGUGACCCAUCGUUGGCUGGAUCCUGUUUCUUUGUGGGUGCCAGACGGACUGCCGGACAGAACUUUGAGUUUGGACUCUCUGGACAGUCCGAUGGCUACAUAGGCUGCACGUUGUCACCGGACAAUGCUUUGGGAGGAGGAGAUACUACUUACGUUUGCGCCAACAACAAUGGAAGGGUUGAAUUCAUCGGAACGAUCUUUCAAAACGGUCGAUUGAUUCGACGAACUCUGAAUGCAAACUCGGUGAGGGGACGCAUCGACGGAAACAGAAUCCAGUGUACGUUCGCAGCCACUAUCCCCGAUGCGACAGUCAGAAUGACGCCGUCUACCUUUUCGUUAGCUCUUGUCACCGGAGCAUUCAACCCCGCCACCGAUGUUCUGGGAGCUCCCGAGGCCAGAGUCCAGACAGAAAUGUUGGAGCUGGGCAACCCCAACUCCAAUAGCACCAACGUCAUCACCUCCGCCGGCGGCAGGCCAACCUACCAGGCACUGUCACAAGCUCUGCUCAUCAUCCUAGGGACCGUGAGCCUGACCUUGCUAUAAAGGAGCUUUCAGAAGAUCAAAAAGUGGCAAAAACCUACAUUACAUAUAAUUAACUACAUAAAAAAAAUAUGUACAAUUUGUAAAAUACUUUUCAAUCCUCUCUCUUCGUUGAAUGAUGCCAGUGGAUGGCAGAAACAAAUAUUCUAUUUAAUUAGCCCUGAAUAUAAUUUUUGGGUAAAAAAAUGUAUUAUAUAAUUAUAUAUUAAACACCAAUAUUUAUUGGUAUAUUUACUGGUAAUUAUGGAAUGCAUUAAUUCAGUCUAGAAGUGAUGAAAUGAUUCUAGUCACUAAUUGUAGUUAGUUAUUUAAAAAGAAACAUUCAAGGGACAUCUCAAAAUAAAGUAGCCUAGUCCUUUUAGAUAGUCCUUCUGGCAAGAGAAUAAACAGUUUAAAACAUAACCAGACUGUUUACCAGCUCAAGUGAAUUAACUUAUCCUAUCACCAGUCAGAUCUAUAUAUAUAUAUAUAUAUAUAUAUAUAUAUAUAUAUAUAUAUAUAUAUAUAUAUAUAUAUAUGUAUAUAAGAGGGCACUUUUGACUCAAGAGGGCACUUUUGACAUUCAGAGGCAAAGGCAAAGAGGCUCAGGCACCCAUAGCCCCCCCUCCCCCCCCCCCACGUGCCUGUAUUUAUGUAUAUAUUUAACUUGAAUGGAACUUCAGAUUUUUGGGGAUAAGCAGCGCAGCAGUCAGGUAGCUAUAUAAAGCUAUAAUAAGCUGCUUAUUUUGUUUGUUUAGUUAAAGCAUUAUGAAAAUAUUUGCAUGCAUAAUAAAGCAUCAAACAUUCUAGCAUUUUCCUUUUCCCUCUGUGCUAAACGCUGGAUUUUUAUGAGACCUAGAAUCGCUCCCUGUGGUGAGAUCCGUUUCUUAAUGCACUUUGUUGCACCAACUAAUAUGUUUUGUUUUGUUUGUUAAAUAAAAUAUAUCUAUACCAGUCAA